AUGUUUAACCGCAGCAAUCUCCCUUUUGGGCAACGGCCUCCGCAAGGCCAGGAUCCACGCUCUCGGAAUGGGUACGAUACUGUGAUGGGUGACGCCGGAUCCAAUUCUCGGGGUUACGGAGGGCCGCCGCCUCCAUCACAGAGAGGACCUCCCUCGAGCCAAAGAAGGCCAGCACCACAAGGGGAAGGGGUCUGGACACUCCGUUCGGAGAAGAGUCCUAAUACCGCUUACACAUAUGGUAAUCUGGUGGCUGUUUCUUCCCUCGAUUUCCCUUUGACGGCUUUCGGACCUGAGUUUUACCUGCUUGUCAACGAUCUCUACGUCUUUUCGGCCCGGCCUCUAGAUGGGUUUCCACAGGGAUACAUUGGGUUUGCGGAACGGCAGCGAAUGUGGGCUAGGAUUGCCGUGACGGAUUCAGUGAGGGCACAGAUCUAUAACCCUUUCAACCAGGAGAGAAAGGCGUACCUGGGCUCGACCGAUAUAGAAAUCGGCUUUGCUGGAAAGUCCAAGACGGAGGAGCAUUAUGAUCAGAAUGACCUGGGAAAUUCGGUUCGAGAGAAAUUCCAAAACCAGAUUCUGGCGCCCGGACAAAGAGUAUUGAUGGACCACCGAGGCAUCCCGCUUGCCUUGACCAUUAAGACGGUCGAGUUGAUGGAUCUCAUGUCGGAGAAGCAACAAGAAUCUGCCACGGAUGGCGUAGCCACCGAUCCCACCGCACGAGGCAUUCUCACCCCUCAUACUGUCGUCAACUUUUAUAAAGAUGCAAAGAGUGGCAUUAACCUAAAAGCUUCUGACCGCCGACCUGCCGCCAACUCUAUCAUUCGACCUGAUUUCAAAUUUGAGAAUAUGGGUAUUGGUGGCUUGGACUCGGAAUUCAGUACCAUUUUCCGUCGUGCCUUUGCGUCGCGAAUCUUCCCUCCUGGCUUGAUCGACAAGCUGGGUAUUCAGCACGUCAAGGGUAUUCUUUUGUAUGGCCCACCUGGAACGGGAAAGACUUUGAUCGCGCGACAAAUCGGUCAAAUGUUGAAUGCCAGAGAACCCAAAGUUAUCAACGGACCCGAGGUGCUUAACAAGUACGUGGGUCAGUCAGAAGAGAACAUCCGGAAACUAUUUGCCGAUGCAGAGAAGGAGUACAAAGAGAAGGGCGAGGAAAGUGGUCUUCAUAUCAUCAUCUUCGAUGAGCUUGAUGCUGUCUGCAAACAACGUGGUAGCGGAGGAGGAGGAGGUACUGGCGUUGGUGACAGCGUUGUCAAUCAGUUGCUCUCCAAGCUCGACGGUGUCGACCAGCUCAACAAUAUCCUUCUCAUUGGUAUGACUAACAGAAAGGACAUGAUUGAUGAUGCGCUAUUGCGUCCUGGUCGUCUUGAGGUUCACAUGGAGAUCUCUUUGCCGGACGAACAGGGCCGGGCCCAGAUUUUGAAGAUUCAUACGCAGAAAAUGCGAGACAACAAUGUGAUGGAGCCGGAUGUCGAUCUCCUGGAACUUGCGCAGUUAACGAAGAACUACUCUGGUGCUGAAAUUGCCGGACUCGUCAAGGCUGCAACGUCCUUUGCAUUCAACAGACAUGUUAAGCCUGACACAGUCGCCGGUAUUAAGGAGGACGUUACCGAAUUGAAAGUCAAACGGGACGACUUUUAUAACGCCCUCGAGGAAGUCAAACCCGCAUUUGGUGUGGCUGAAGAGCAACUGGAGAACUGCGUGCAACAGGGUAUCCUGCACUACUCGCACACCAUCAAGGAAAUUUUGAAUGAAGGCCACCUCUUCAUUAAACAGGUCGGAGCUACUGGCGCGACGCCACUAUUUUCUGUCCUAUUCCACGGGCCGUCUGCCAGUGGAAAGACAGCGCUUGCAGCACGGAUUGCUAUAGAUUCCGGGUUCCCGUUUAUUCGUCUCAUUAGCCCAGAAGAUAUGGUCGGCUACAGCGAGACGGCAAAAAUCCAGCAUAUCACUAAGGUCUUCACAGACGCAUACAAGAGUAACACAAGUAUUGUUGUCGUUGACAACAUUGAAAGAAUCAUCGAUUGGGUUCCAAUCGGUUCUCGCUUCAGCAACUCUGUGCUUCAGACCUUGAUGGUAUUCUUGACAAAACCGCCGACACACGGAAGACGGUUGCUUAUCCUUGCUACAACAACGGAGCGUUCUCUUCUUCGAGAGCUGGACAUGUACAACUCGUUCAACGCCGACAUUAUGGUGCCGACGGUUGACUCUUAUGAAGAACUGAGGCACAUCCUUGAACAAUCCGAAGCCUUCACACCCGAAGAGAUCGAGCGGUCGCUCGGGGGUAUCUAUAGUAUCGACGAGGAUAAGAAGAUUGGCGUGGGUAUCAAGAGGAUUCUGUUGGGCAUUGAGACGGCCAAGCAAGAUCCCGACAAGGCAGGACGCUUUUCGAAUACACCAUUUUCUGUCAUCUCUGCGAUAGUCUUCUCUUUCGGAGCAGCCGCAAUCAUGGCCGAGCGCGGCAUUGACCUGUUUGUCGACCGGCUGGGUAGUGAGAAAUUUGAAAACUCGAAGAAGGCCAAUGUCGCCGUUGAACUUCGCGACAGCAUCGAGAACUACUGCACCGCCGCCAAUUAUCCCGUCUUUCUUGCUAAGAUAUGGCCAGUCUUCAAGAAGAUCCUCAAGGGCGAUCCCGUUUUCACAAAUCUAUCAUACGAACAGAAACUGCGGAAUUGCCUUCUCGAAACAUUACAUCGUCUUCCAACCGCUUCCCCUGAUGUCGAGCCGUACGCCGUGGACAUGGUGGAUACACUGAUGCAGCUUGUCAGAGUUGAAAAUGAGGAAAAUGCGGUGUUGUGCAUGAAAAUCAUUAUGGACUUGUCACGAAAUCAGGUCAAGGCAACAACCUCGCGAGUACAGCCUUUUCUAGAACUCAUUCAAGAAAUGUUUCAAACCAUGGAAGAAGUCGUCCGGGAGACGUUUGAUUCCCCCAAUCAAGGCGGCACGCCUGGCUUACCGUCCACGCCCGGUGUUCUUCCUCAAAACUUUCAAUCUCCACGGCCGGCAUCUCCUAGCACGUCUGUUGCCGAUCUAGGCACUGAGCAGCAGGCCAAUCACCAUCUCCAAAAGGGAAUGCAAUCGUUCAAACUCCUAGCGGAAUGCCCUAUUAUCGUCGUUUCAGUCUUCCAAGCUCAUCGUGCCUCUGUCGCCACGAAUGUGAAGCUAUUUGUUCCUCUCAUCAAAAGCAUUUUGUUGUUGCAAGCUAAGCCGCAGGAACGGGCACAUGCAGAAGCUGCUGCGCAGGGAAAGCUUUUCACCGGUGUCUGCAAGGAUAUCAAAAAUAGAGCCGCUUUUGGAGAAUUCAUUACUGCUCAGGUCAAGACAAUGAGUUUCCUUGCCUAUCUUCUCCGGAUGUACGCACAACAGCUCCAAGACUUUCUACCAACUCUCCCGUCCGUUGUCGUUCGACUGCUCCAGGAUUGUCCUCGCGAAAAGUCCAGUGCAAGAAAAGAGCUCCUGGUUGCCAUUCGCCAUAUCAUCAACUUCAACUACCGGAGAAUUUUCUUGGAAAAGAUUGAUGAGCUCCUGGAUGAGCGAACACUUAUCGGAGAUGGUCUGACUGUUUAUGAGACCAUGAGACCCCUGGCUUAUAGCAUGCUUGCUGAUUUGAUACACCACGUGCGAGACCACUUGACUCGAGACCAGAUCCGAAAGACUGUUGAAGUCUACACCAAGAAUUUACAUGAUGAAUUUCCGGGAACUAGCUUUCAGACCAUGAGUGCCAAGCUCUUAUUAAACAUGGCAGAGAAGAUAUCCAAGCUCGAAGACAAACAAGAUGCACGGUACUUUUUGAUCAUGAUCUUGGAUGCCAUUGGUGACAAAUUCGCCGCAAUGAAUCACCAAUUCGAGAAUGCUGUCAAGACUUCACGCGCCUUCAAGAAGCGCACCGACCUGACUCCCGACAGCUACCUUGUCGAUCGAGACAGCCCUCCCGACUGGGACGAAAUCGACAUAUUCUCGGCUGUCCCCAUCAAAACAUCCAACCCUCGCGAUCGCGGUGGAGAUCCGGUUUCUGAUAACAUCUUCCUUUUCAAGAACCUGAUCAACGGUCUGAAGAAUAUCUUCCAUCAGCUCAAGAAUUGCAAUCCAACCCACAUCCAGAUCGAUCCUAAUAACACGCCGAUCAACUGGCCGGAAGUUUCUUACGGAUACAAUGCCGAGGAGGUCAAAGUCAUCAAGAAAUUAUUUCACGAAGGUGCUCGCGUUUUCCGCUAUUAUGGUGUGGAUCAGCCAUCUCCUGAUGUUCACUAUUCAUCGCCAUUCGAGUAUCUUGCUAGCCAGUACACUGCCCCCAUGUCGAGAGAGGAGAAAGAGCUUCUGGAAAGCUUUGGCACAGUUUUUCAUUGCAUCGACACCGCGACCUUCCAUGAAGUCUUCCACAGCGAGAUACCUUAUCUCCACGAACUAAUGUUCGAACAUGGCGCUCUUAUCCAUCUUCCGCAAUUCUUCCUAGCAAGCGAAGCAACCUCACCUGCAUUCUCAGGAAUGGUCUUGCAAUACCUGAUGGAACGCAUUCAUGAAGUCGGCACUUCCGAUAUGGCGAAAGCUAAGAUUCUAUUGAGAAUGUUCAAGCUCUCAUUCAUGGCUGUCACGCUCUUCUCGAGCCAAAAUGAGCAAGUCCUGUACCCUCAUGUUACCAAAAUAGUGACCAAGUGCAUUGAGCUAUCGGUAACAGCUGAUGAGCCUAUGAACUACUUCCUAUUGCUACGCUCGUUGUUCCGCAGCAUUGGAGGGGGACGGUUCGAACUGUUGUAUAAGGAGCUUCUCCCCUUGUUGGAAAUGCUUCUGGAGACUUUCAACAACCUCUUAAUGAGCGCUCGCAAACCGCAAGAGCGCGAUCUAUACGUUGAAUUGACAUUAACUGUGCCGGCACGUCUAAGUCACCUCCUUCCUCAUCUGAACCACCUUAUGCGCCCCAUUGUUGUCGCACUCCGGGCAGACUCGGACCUUGUCGGCCAGGGAUUACGCACUCUUGAAUUGUGCGUUGAUAACCUGACGGCUGAUUAUUUGGACCCAAUCAUGUCACCGAUCAUGGAUGAGUUGAUGACAGCACUAUGGGAUCAUUUACGGCCACAUCCAUAUAGCCACUUUCACUCUCAUACCACAAUGCGCAUCCUUGGAAAAUUGGGUGGUCGCAACAGAAAGUUUUUAAAUCAUCCACCCGAGCUUUCCUUCCAACAGUUCGCAGAUGACGCCCCCAGUGUUGACAUUAGGUUCAUCGGCCCUAACGAAAAGAGGCCAUUCCCCAUCGAAAUCGGUAUCGACCUCGCAUAUGCAAAAUUGCUAGAGACUCCAAAGGCUUCUUCGGCCAAAACUUCCGAUAUAUAUUACAAACAACAGGCCUAUCGAAUGCUGAGUUCUCAGCUGAAGCUCUAUAUUGGGCACGAAAAUCUUCCAGAUGACCUGGCGUCUUUAAUUCGGCUUCAAGCGGAGGACCUCCUUGAGGGCAAAAUUCAGGGCCCCGUCGACAUCUUGGAUAAAUCAGAACGCUCUGUGUCGAUCUCGAAGAAAGUUGUUCAAGAGGAAACCUUGAAGAAGCUUUUGAAGGCCUGCUUUUUUGCGACUACCAUCCCUGAGCUCGAACCAGCUGCAUCGUCUUUCGUGGCAGAUGUUUGCCGGCACAUCGUGGUUGUUGAAAUCGGCCGGGCCUUUGCUCAAGCUAGGCAUACGAGAAAAGCCUUUGACGUAAACAGUGGUGAAGGUCCUGUUUACUUGGACUCUCGCUUGUUAGCCGACGUCAUUGUUGACUGUUUCUCCUCUGACAAUCCCAAAACAAGAGAUUCUGCCAAAGUUGGACUGGAUGUUAUCAAGGAGUCUGCGGGCAUUAUCUUCGGCGCCCCCGACAAAGCUGCUAAAUUGCCCUUCUGGCAACAUCUUGGUCGCGUAUUCUGCCACAGCUGCCAUAGCGAAGAAUGGUUUACGAAAGCUGGAGGCAGUCUGGGAAUCCAUCUCCUAGCCACCGAACUGGAGUUGGGCGAUAGUUGGCUGUAUGAACGACAAACGGAGUUCGUUAGAGCUUUGAUGUAUGUGAUCAAGGACACGCCUCCCGAUCUUCCUGCCAGCACUCGCAUCAGAGCCCAAGAGACAUUGAGUCUUAUUCUCAAACGCUGCAAUAAGGGAAUUUCCAAGGACGAUCUGAAGAACGAGAAAAGCCGUCUCCACACCCUCUGCGGAUUUUUCAUUUAUGAGUUGUCCCAUAUGAACAAGCAUGUGCGGGAAACAUCACAGAAGGCAUUUGCCGUUCUAGCCGAGGUGAUUGGCUGCGAAGUACAUGAACUCAUGCUCCCGGUUAAAGAUCGCCUUCUUCAACCGAUCUUCAACAAACCUCUACGCGCACUCCCAUUCCCUGUUCAGAUCGGCUUUAUCGACGCCAUCACUUUCUGCUUGAGCCUCCACAAGAACAUUGUCACUUUCAACGACGCUCUUAACCGGUUGAUGUUAGAGUCUUUGGCUCUUGCCGACGCAGAAGAUGAGUCUCUGGCGUCCAAGCCAAAUGAAUUCAAGAAUGCAGAGAUGAUUGGAAACUUGCGAGUGGCAUGUCUUCGUCUACUCUCAAUGGCCAUGGGCUUUCCGGAAUUUGCCACGGGUCCCAACGCAAGUAGCCGAGGCCGUGUGAUUUCUGUCUUCUUCAAAUCACUGUAUUCAAAAUCUCCAGAGAUCAUCGACGCUGCAAAUGCUGGGUUGCGUGAUGUAUUGACGCAGACCAACAAACUUCCAAAGGACCUUCUUCAAAAUGGUCUUCGGCCGAUAUUGAUGAAUUUGCAAGAUCCGAAACGGUUGACUGUUGCUGGCCUUGAUGGGCUUGCUAGACUCCUGACUCUUUUGACAAAUUACUUCAAGGUCGAGAUUGGUCAGCGACUCCUGGAACAUAUGAAAGUGAUUGCCGACGAUGCUACACUUCAAAAAGUUUCUUUCAACCUGGUGGAACAGAAUGCUGCCAUGAAGAUUGUCGCUUCCAUAUUCAAUAUUUACCACCUUCUCCCUCCUGCGGCAACGACUUUUAUGGAGAACCUUGUCAACAAGGUCUUGGAUCUUGAGGAUAAACUGCGACGAACCUCGAACAGUCCCUUCCGCAAACCCCUAGUCAAGUAUCUUAACAGGUACCCGAAGGAUAGCUGGGCGUUCUUCCAACAACGGUUUAGUGACGAACGUUACGGUAGAUUCCUCGGUCAGGUUUUGGCGGACCCUGAAAGCGCCAUUCUUAGAUCUGCUGUUGUUGCCGAUACAGAUGGCUUUAAGACUGCUGCUUUCGGCAGUGAAUCGACUGAUGGAAAGAAUACCGCAGCCAUCAACGCAAUCCAUAUCGUUCAUUCCAUAUGUACUCACGGACCAACGAGAAAGUGGCUCGUUAAUCAAAACGAUCUGAAGUUGAAGCUUCUCAAUGCUGGCCGCGAUCUCCAGUUCAAGUUGAGACAUGAUAAACUUCCGGCUAGUGAACGAUUGAGGGUUGAGCAGGCUGAAGAUCAGUUGAUGGAAAUUUUCACCAUCUAUCUUUCAGAGUCUCUCCAGGAUCUCGACUUCCUUUUCGAAUUGAUUAGUGGCCUUUCGUCUGAUGAGCUGAAACGAACACUUGCGUUUCCCAAAUUCAUCUACAAACACAUCAUCUUGAACGAGUCAAUUGAUUACAGACGAUCUGUGAUCAUGAGAUGUCUUGAUCUAUACGGACAGCGCGGAUCAUCGCAGAAAAUGAAGACAUACGCAUUUCAUAAUCUCGUGAAUCCUAUCUUCGCAAUGGAUGUCAAACUCACUUGGGAUAGCCCACCGAACAGUCCAAAACUGAUCGAUAAGAGCAUGGCCGAGUCUAUCCAGAGUCGUCUAUGGCGUCCACAGGUCGGCGAUAUUACUGAAGAGUCAAAUCAAGCUGGAGUCGACCAUUCUCGAAUGGAAUCUUUACAACUGACCGCCUUGCUGAUCAAAUAUCACCACCAAACCGUCCAAGAAUCUCGCAAAGACAUUAUCAAAUUUGCUUGGAACUACAUCCGCCUUGAGGACAUCAUCAACAAAUACGGCGCUUAUGUGCUUAUCAGCUACUUUAUCGCUCAUUAUGAGACGCCUUUCAAGAUUGUCAUUCAAGUUUAUGUUGCAUUGCUGAGAGCCCACCAGAACGAAGGCAAAGCUCUUGUGACUCAAGCCCUCGAUGUGCUUGCCCCUGUCUUGCCGACCAGGAUUUCCGCAGCCGCUCAGAACGCUCAGCAGGGUGCCCAACAAAGUAACCAACAAAACACUCAGCAACCCAGUCAGCAGGGCAAUCAGCAAGGCAAUCAGCAGGCAGUGGAUCUGAGAUAUCCACUUUGGACUAAAUGGCCUCGUCGCAUUCUGGCAGAAGAAACCGCAAACCUGCAGCAAGUGAUGAGUAUUUUCCAGUUUCUCGUCCGUCAACCAGACCUGUUUUAUGAGUCAAGGGAGCAUUUUGUGCCUCUCAUUAUCCCAUCUUUGGCCAAAAUAGCCGUUCCACCAAACCCUUCCAGCGAGAGCAAGAAGUUGGCUCUAAACCUCAUUGGAUUGAUUUGGCACUGGGAAGAGAAGAGGGUUCAAGAAAUCAACAGCGGAAGGGCCAUUUCGGAAUCACCAAAUUCGAAGAAGCGCAAGCUGGAUGAUAGCCAACAACCCGAAUCACCAUCGCUUGCACCGCCUUCAGCACAAUCCGACUACGUCGUCCCCCAGGAUAUGCGUGCGAAUUUGAUCAGGUACCUUAUAUCGUUCAUCACAACACUUCCUGAGCGGUUCCCUGUUCCUGCUUUCAAACUUCGUGACCUGCCCACUCAAAAAACCCAGCUUCCUGUCAUCUCAGGUGAGAUGGUGAAGAAGGCAAUCCAACUUUUGAGAAAUCUUCUCCAGCCGGAAUACUGGGGCGACUUGGAGAUUGACUUGUAUCCCAAAGUCAUUGAGCCUAUUCUUGCUAGCGAAAAAGCCGAAAAGCCCGAUGAAAAGUAUAUCACAACCAUGGUUAAUACCUUGCAAGUGCUUCGUGUCCUCAUUGCAUCCAAGCCAAGUGAAUGGAUCGUCAACCGAGUUCCUUAUAUCCAAAAACUUUUGGAGAAGCCGCUCCGAUCGGAAAACCCUGAACUUCAAGAUUGUCUACAUGGUGUGGAAGAUGAAAUGGACAUCUCCCCCAAGCUUCCGCCUCCCGUCAAGUAUGUGCUGGAUGCGCUGCCUGAUGAUCAGCCAGAUGAAGAAGACGCCAUGGAUGUUGACAGUACGCCAUCCGAAUUUGUCACAUAUCUCUCAGCUAUCGCCACGGAAGGACUGUCCGGCAGCAAUUAUAUCUCAGGCCUGAACACUCUGUGGACUUUGUCUCAAAAGAAGCCCUCAGAAAUGGACAACCAUAUUGUUCAAGUGAUGAAAACAUUCUCCCAGAAAUUGGCCAAGGAUCAUGUUGCUGCUUAUACCAAUAAUCAAGCAGCUGUGCAACCUGGAGCUAAACCAGGUGAAAAUGGAGCUGUUCCAGACCAACAAGAGUUUGAGAUUGGUGUUGACCUGAUUCUAAAGACAAUCGACUUGAUUUCUGUGCGAAUGUCCAAUCUCGGAGAUCAACGUCGCCCGUUCCUCAGUGUUCUUGCCCAGUUGGUUGAACGAUCACAGAACGCAAAGCUCUGUAGCAAGAUUCUGGGAAUGGUUGAAGGAUGGAUAUUCCAUUCUAAUGAAUCUUGGCCCACCCUCAAGGAGAAGACAGCUGUUCUACACAAAAUGCUACUCUUCGAGUCCCGUCAAGAUCAAACAAUGCUGAAGAAGUUCUUGGACCUCGUCAUUCGAAUUUACGAGGAUUCGAAGAUUACACGCACGGAACUCACGGUGAGAUUAGAGCAUGCUUUCCUGAUUGGUACACGGGCACAGGACGUGGAAAUGAGAAACCGUUUCAUUUCUAUCUUCGACAAGAGUUUGACACGUACUGCUAGCUCUCGACUAAGCUAUGUCCUUACAUCACAAAACUGGGACACCCUAGCGGAUUCGUUCUGGCUGGCGCAAGCCUCGCAUCUUGUGAUGGGCUCAGUGGAUAUGAAUACGACUGCCCGGUUGCACCCUGAUGACUUGAAUGUGUAUCCAAUCUCGUUCCUCUUCAGCGCUGUUGAGCAGGAUUCUCGCAAGGCAGAUGUGAUGGUCGACAGUCAACUGGAAACCUUUGUCACCGACCGUAAGCGAUUCAUAUCAGAUAUCGGUGAUGUUAGAGUUCGAGAUUUACUCGAGCCCCUUUGCCAACUUCAACACACCGAUUCCAAGACGUCAUACAAGCUGUGGACUACCUUGUUUCCCAUUGUUUGGUCAACCCUUGCCAAGGAGGAGCGCAUAGAUCUUGAAAAGGGAGUGGUAACUCUUAUUACUCGCGAAUACCACCAAAGACAAAUAGAUAAGCGACCAAAUGUUGUCCAGGCACUUUUGGAAGGCGCAGUGCGUGCAAAGCCUCGAUUUAAAAUUCCUCCGCAUGUAAUGAAAUACUUGAGUCGAACAUACGACGCGUGGUAUACGUCGGCUGUUUACCUGGAGGAAUCUGCGAACAAUCCAAUCAUUGACACCGCUAUUGUGCGUGAGAGCAACCUUGACGCCUUGGUCGAAAUCUUUGCGGGCUUACAGGAGGACGACUUCUUCUAUGGUACUUGGCGACGACGGUGCAAAUUCGUCGAAACCAACGCAGCGCUAUCCUACGAACAACAUGGCAUGUGGGACAAAGCUCAGCAGUUAUAUGAAAACGCGCAAAUCAAGGCCCGCUCAGGGGCUAUGCCAUUCUCUCAAGCCGAGUACAUUUUGUGGGAGGAUCACUGGCUAAUUUGUGCCCAAAAGUUGCAACAGUGGGAGAUUUUGAGUGAUUUUGCCAAACAUGAAAACCUCAACGAUCUUCUUCUCGAAGCCGCUUGGAGAAACAUUGAGCACUGGCAGAAUGAAGGGAAUCGUGAGCAGCUGGAGUCCUUGAUCAAAUCCGUUUCCGAUGCUCCAACUCCGCGUCGCACUUUCUUCCAGGCAUUCAUGUCUCUGUUGAAUUUCCACCUCAAGAAGGACGGCAUCCAGGAGUUCAACAAUAUUUGCGAUGAAUCGAUUCAGUUAUCUAUUCGCAAGUGGCACCAGCUUCCAAACAAUAUCACUCACGCUCAUAUUCCGAUUCUCCAACACUUCCAGCAGCUUGUUGAACUCCAUGACGCCAGCGUUAUCUGUUCCAGCUUGUCUCAGACAAACGAAAGGAAUCUGGAUACCAAAUCAGCCGAAUUGAAACUGCUCUUAGGCACCUGGCGUGAUCGUCUUCCAAACGUUUGGGAUGACAUCAAUGCUUGGCAGGACUUGGUGACCUGGCGUCAACACAUAUUCCAGCUGAUCAACGGGACAUACUUGAAUCUGUUGCCACCGCAGACCAACAAUGUCGCAAGCAACUCAUACGCUUACCGAGGAUAUCACGAGACUGCGUGGAUUAUCAAUCGCUUUGCCCAUGUUGCUCGAAAGCAUCAAAUGCCUGAUGUUUGCAUCAACCAACUCAGUCGUAUCUACACUCUGCCAAACAUCGAGAUUCAAGAGGCAUUCUUGAAGCUGAGAGAGCAGGCCAAGUGCCACUAUCAGAAUCCCAAGGAACUCACCAACGGGUUGGAAGUUAUCAACAACACCAAUCUGAACUACUUUGGGGCUCAGCAGAAGGCCGAAUUUUACAGCCUCAAGGGUAUGUUCUUGGCAAAGCUGGACCACGUUGAAGACGCCAACGAGUCAUUUGGCGUUGCGCUAUACUACGAUUUGAAACUCGCCAAGGCUUGGGCUGAAUGGGGUCAAUAUAAUGACCAGCGCUUCAAGUCAGACCCUACAGAUUAUGAGUUGGCUGGAAACGCAGUUAGUUGCUACCUCGAAGCUGCUGGCCUCUACAAGAACGCCAAAUCGAGAAAGCUGCUUAGCCGUAUCCUCUGGCUGCUGAGCCUCGACAAUGAAGAGGGUCGCAUCUCGAAUGCCUUUGAGAAUUUCAAGGGCGACACUCCAGUGUGGUAUUGGAUUACGUUUAUUCCACAACUGCUCACCAGUCUCUCCCACCGCGAGGCUCGUCUGUGCAAGGCGGUUCUUGUUAAGAUUGCCAAGCUAUACCCGCAAGCCUUGUUUUUCUUGCUCCGCACCAACCGAGAAGACAUGAUUAGCAUCAAGAAGUCUCACGAUGUAAAACAGGAGAAACUCAACCGAGCUAAGCAGCAAGCUUCACCCAACCCCAAGGCCGAAUCUCUAAGCGGUUCGAGACCUGGUACUGCAACCAGUGGAGGACCUACACAGACUACGCCUAAUAGCGCCAACAAUACGCCAGCGCAGACCACCAACCCGCAGUCUAAUGACCAAGCGAACGGACAAGCCAAUGGCCAACCCCAAACUGCUACACCUACCCAGAAUGCAAAUACAGGUCAAGAUUCAGGAGCCCAGCAACAGACCCAGCCCCAAGCACAAGGACAGUCUCAACAACCUGCACAGCAGCAACUAAAGCCUCAGCAACCAGGACAACAACAACAACAGGCACAGCAGGGUCAGGCUCAAGCUCAAAAUCCAAAUAACUCCACCCCAAGCCAACCAGCUGCAGGUGCAGAACCGGAGAAAGAGCCACUCAAGAAACCAUGGGAGUACUCGGAAGAAAUCAUGUCAGGAUUGAAAACAGCAUUCCCGCUCUUGGCUCUAUCUAUGGAGACGAUGGUCGAUCAAAUCCAGAAGAACUUCAAAUGCCCCCCCGAUGAGGAUGCACACCGGCUUAUUGUGGCGUUGUUAAACGAUGGGCUCGCCUAUGUUGGUCGCAGUCCUGCAGCAUAUGCUCAAGACUUCAAAUUGCCGCCAGCCACAGAAGCCAACAUCACUCGAUUUGCGGAGACAAUCCUUCCAGCACAUAUUCGCAAGUCUUUUGAAGCCGAUUUUGUCGUGAAAAAGAUUACAAUGUUUGAAUAUGUCCAAAAACUGCGCCGAUGGCGAGACAAGUUUGAAGAGAAACUUGAUCGUCGACCGCAAUCGCAAUUCUUGGAAGUGUACUCACCUCACUUGAGCGAAUUCCGAUUCUUGAAGUUCGAGGAGGUCGAGGUUCCUGGACAAUACCUCUUGCACAAGGACAAGAACCAAGACUUUGUUCGCAUUGAUCGAUUCCUUCCGGAUGUCAAUCUGGUCCGUGGCAUUGGCGUUUGCCAUCGUCGCUUGAAGAUACGCGGCCAUGAUGGCAGCAUUCAUCCUUUUGCUGUGCAACACCCGGCUGCUCGUCAUUGUCGACGUGAAGAGCGCAUCCUGCAGCUUUUCCGUAUCUUCAACGGUGUACUUGCAAAGCGCAAGGAAAGCAGGCGCCGCAACUUAUACUUCCACCUGCCACUCAUGGUUCCUCUUGCUCCGCAUAUUCGGUUGGUUCGCGAUGAUCCUUCCUACAUUUCAAUGCAAGGCAUCUAUGAAGACUACUGCAGGCGGACUGGCAUGAACAAGGACGAGCCCGUGCUGUUUACAAUGGAGAAGAUGCGCGGGCUAGCCGAGAUGAAGCAAACUCGUCCUCUCGAGCAACAACAAAUCCUUCGCACUGAGAUUCUCACGGCCGUUCAAGAGAAAUGGGUCCCCAACGACGUUCUUCUGGAUUACUUCCAGAAAACAUACCCCAACUAUGCUGACUUCUGGCUGUUCCGUCGCCAGUUCUCUUACCAAUAUGCGGCGAUUUGUUUCAUGACUUACGUUAUGCACAUGGGCAAUAGAUACCCGAACAAGAUAUCUAUCUCUCGAGCUACAGGUGAUAUCUGGGGUUCUGAGUUGAUCCCAACAGUCAACCCCGCAAAGGCCUUUUUCUACAACCCCGAGCAGGUUCCUUUCCGUCUCACUCCAAAUAUCCAAACAUUGAUGGGACCGAUCGCUACGGAAGGCGUUUUUGCUUCUACGCUCAUGUCUAUUGCUCGCUGUCUCACAGAACCACGACAAGAACUUGAACAGCAGCUGAGCGUCUUUGUUCGUGAUGAGAUGAUCUUCUGGGCUACGGCUCACCAUCGCAGCACUUUGACUGAGAACCAACUCCGUGAAUUGGUCCAGAAUAACAGUGACAUUAUUGUCAACCGUGCUGUUAGCCUGGCCAGUCCUCCAGAGGGCAAUCUUCCGGCCAACCAAACUACGAUCGACUUGAUCUCGAAGGCCGUCAACCCGCAAUAUCUGGCUUCUGCUGAUGCUCUUUGGAUGCCAUAUUUGUAG